AUGUCCAGCACACACGGCGCUGUCCUCUCCCCUUCCGUCGGUCGGGAGCCCGAUUUUGCCCAAUUAGAAGGGUUCGACAACACCGGCAAUUACGGAAGCUCGGUCACCCAGGGUGGGGAUGAGUCGUUUUCCGGAAGACGGGGAGGAGGAGGGGAAAGAACGGGUGUGGCGGGUGGGUACGAGGGCAAGUUUAAGGGAGGAGGGGAGUUUGGGGAUGUGACUCAGGAUAGGCAGGGAGGGGGUUUGCAGGGCAGGACGGGGACGGGUGCGGGGGGAGAGACUGCUGGCUGGAACCCUGCUGAGGCUGUUAAUGGCUCGCAUAAGCAGGAACGGUGGUCCUCAGAAGAAGGGCAUGCGCAGGGGUACGACAUGACCGACACAGGUGCCCGGGCUGGGGAGAGGGACCCGACUGCUAUCGGGGCGGGGGGUGACCCAUCCAACACUGGGGAUAUGGGUUAUUCUGAUGGCAAGGCGGAGGGUGCUGCCGGGCAUGGGCAGGGGAAGAAAGUAGGGUUGGGGGAGAAGAUCAAGCAUAAGAUCCAGGAGGUGAAGGAUAAGAUCUGA